AUGGAUGACGAGGCGACGCUUCCCAAGCCGCCCUUCAUCGCCGUGCCGGGGCUCCCCAACUUCCGCGAUGCCGGCGGUUACCCGAUCGACGCCCAGCCCGGCCGCAUCCUUCGACCGGGCAUCGUCUACCGCUCCGCAGAGCCCUCGCGCUUGACAGACCAAGGUGUCGCAAAACUCCAGCAACUCGGCAUCACCCACGUCUACGACCUGCGCUCAACCAUUGAGCUGAAGCGCCUCGCCGAGGCCGGCAACAACUGUGAUGUCCGCGAAUGGCCCGGUGCCACCCGCGUUUUCGUCCCUGUAUUCCGAGACCAGGACUACGGUCCCGAGGCCAUCGCCCUGCGCUACCGCAAUUAUUCCAGCAAUGGCACCGAGGGCUUCACCAAGGCCUACGCCGACAUUCUUCGCGCCGCCUCCGAACAGGACCAUCCUCAAGAACCCUUCCGCACCAUACUGUCGCAUCUCGCCACUCAGAGCCCUCCCUCGCCGUUGCUCGUCCACUGCACCGCCGGCAAGGACAGGACCGGCAUCAUCUGCGCGCUCAUCCUCAGUCUUUGUGGCGUCUCGGAUGAGGUUGUCGCCCACGAGUAUAGCCUGACCGACAUUGGUCUCCAGGAUCGCAAGGAGGAGAUUGUCAAGCACCUCAUGAGUACUGAGGCUAUGAAGGGAAAUCCCGAGGGCGCGCGUCGCAUGAUUAGUUCCCGCAAGGAAAACAUGUUGGCCACCCUCGACUUGAUCCGCCACGAGUACGGAUCGGUCGAGGCGUACGUACUGAACAGAUGCCGCUUAUCGGCUGGAGACAUAGAGCAGAUUCGGAAAAACCUCACGGUUGAUGCCACUGACGGGCAGGGAGUGGUAGACUGGGUUUCACAUACGAAGUAUUUGCUUUGA